AUGGUUGAUGAUUACAAUACAGGCCGUCGAAUAACUGUUUGGGAUACAAGUGAUCCUCCGAAAUCCAUGGAUCCAUCACAAUCAAUGAGAAAUGCUCCUUCAUUGUCUAUGUCAACACAAAAUGCUCUCGUACCAUAUCAAAAAUAUACUGCUCAAGUUUAUCCACAAUACAAUAUUGAUCAACGACAAAUGCAACAAAUACAGUAUCAAACAAAACCAUCGAGGCCAUCCAAACCUAAUUCAACCGACAUCGAAACAGGAUCAAAAUCAGGCCUAGAAUAUAUAAGCGUAAGCCGUGUUCUUGGCUUUCUUCUCGGUCUUAUAAUCACUGCAGUUCCUUUGGGUAUUAUUGUUACUUUUUAUGCAUUAUUAUCAACAAUCUCAACGGCACUCAGUUUACCUCCUCAAUGUACUAGUUACAGCACAUUGACUGAUAUAUCACGUCUAUCAAAUUAUACUAGUGGCUGUUGCCCUUGUGACUCUACUGUGUCUACUACUUGGUAUAGAAUAACUGGAGCGGCAGGAACUCAAUUACUUACAUACCCUGUUAGUACAGGUUAUUGUAGUACAAAUACUCCGGGUUGGUGGAAUGGUACUCAUCCAUCAACUAUUGGUGCAACAACAUCCGGUACCUUGUGCACUAGUUAUAGCGGAUAUUUAUGCCAUCCAUCCUAUUCAAUUAAUUCAAUUCUUGCAACCAAUUGUAAUGGAUAUUAUGUCUAUUACUUACAAACAAUUAGUUGCUAUUGCUGUUGGAUUUAUCCACGGUAUUGCACCACAUGA